AUGAAGUCGCCUUGGAAACAAAUCUUUUCUUCCGGGAACGCAAGCGGCCUAUUGAGCGUUCCACGCCUCGUUAUCGCCCUGCAUCUUUGGUUCGACGCUUCUGAUUGGACGUUUCGCAAGCGACGCCUUUAUAGUUUCAGGAAAGCAAGAUGGCGUCUGCCUAGCGCUUGUGUACCUGUGGGGAUGUGGAGCGGCCUGCUACCGCCGGGAAUGGCGGAGAGUGAUCUCUCUGAGGGUGAGGAGGGGGAAGGGGAAGAGCUUAAUCCCAAACCGGAACCCGGACAUUCAGCCUGCCCGCCUGGAAUAGCCGAGAGCUGCUAUAAUAAAUUUUUGGAUCUCCAAAAGAAACGGUGCCAGUUAAAGGCGCAGGGCAACCAAAAAGAGAAGAGGAGACGGCGCAGGAACCGUAAAGGCAAAUCUAAAGGAAGUUGCACAGGGGAUCCGGAGCCGUCGCAAAGCCCAUCUCCCGUGGAAAUAAAGGCCCUGGAGGCCCUCCAGCCGUACUUUGGAAUCCAUGAGCAGUUUGAGCCUCCUGUUUGUCAGAAAGUCAUGAAAAAGUCGCGCCUGGAGCAGAGCAUAGACGCCGCAGUGACGCUCGGAGACAUGGAAACGGCUGAGAAACUCAGCGACAGAUUGGCCACUCGCGAGUUGGCUGUUAAGAUCAGCAAAGCGGCGCCCUACCAGCGGCACGUCCGGGCCAAAGAGGCUGGGGAGGCCUCCCAGGAGAGUCUGAAGAAAGGGAAGAAUCUUGCUUGGGGGUUUGAAGCAAAGCAAAGAUGGGAAACAAAGAGCAACAUGGGAUACAUGUGAAGGCCUGCUGGAACAAGAUGGAGCUCGCCGGCCCCGCUGCUUCCUGCUCGCUGAUGUUCCCGACUGCCUUUUGUAGCCUUCUGCACCAAUAAAGGGUGCACUCCAUCCCCCCUCAGAUUCUCUCAGAGAUGAACAUGGGGUUUAUGAUCUGCUCCACUGGUGGUAAUGGUGUAGUAACGUGAGGCCCAAAGUGUGGCGCUGUCUAAAGCAACGCAUGGGAUGGGCACCAGUCUGCUCUUCUGGAUACUCUCGGUGACUGUCACAGAGAGACAUUUUCAUCUCUACCUUUGUUAUAAGGAGCAGCAGAGCCAUGCACAGGGGACACACCUGUGUGUGUUUGUGGACAGAGCAGAGUAGUCGGCUAACAUUGCACUGGCCAAUCAUGACCAACGCCUUCACUAGUGGCCGUCCAAUGCUGCGCCACCGGCCUACUGCUCACUUUAAAUGACAAGACCGCGUUUGAUAGACUUUCUCUCACUGAGGAUCUAUAUCCGUAGGGCUGAGGAGAGAGCUGUGCAUACAGGGAUUGUGCGGUAAGGAAACAAGAUUAGUGUAUAGGAAUAAAGAAGGUCCUCUAUCAAAAGAAA